AUGGCAAGGUCCUCUUCUCCGGAAUUCGACGAUGAGGCGGACCACUCUGAUGACGAAGAGAUUAACAUUGAUCGCCUAAUCAAGGAUCCCAUUCACGACCAUAUACCCAUAUCGCCAACUUUGUCGCGUUUUAUUGAUACGAGGCAAUUCCAGAGAUUGCGGAGCAUUAAACAACUCGGGACAACUAGUUAUGUUUGGCCAGGGGCAUCGCACUCGCGAUUCGAGCAUUGUAUAGGUGUCGCUUAUCUCGCCCGACUGAUGGCGUCGCAUCUGAAGAACAAUCAACCGAAGCUGAAAAUUACGGAUCGAGAUGUUGAUUGCGUCGAGAUCGCUGGCCUUUGCCACGACCUUGGUCAUGGUCCUUGGAGCCACGUCUGGGAUGGGAUGUUUUAUACCGGUCGCCUUGAAAGGAAAGGAAAAAACGAGAUCCCUAUGCCCGUCGAAGAUCAGGCUUUUGUGAAGGCAUUGAUUGCAGGAGACCAUUCUAGAACUCCGUCUGAAAAGCCAUUUCUCUUCGACAUUGUUGCAAACAAACGGAAUGGCCUUGAUGUUGACAAACUCGACUACAUUACGCGUGACAGCCACAUGAUUGGUGAUCCAAUCUCUUUCUCUCUUGUUCGUCUCGUCCAUUCUGCGAGAGUGAUUGGGGAUGAAAUAACGUAUGAGAUUAAAAAUGCCAAUCACAUAUACGAAAUCUGCUACAAUCGAUUCAAACUACAUAAAACAGUCUACAACCAUAAAUCAGCAAAGGCCAUCGAAUAUAUGAUCAUCGAUGCACUUUUGUUGGCCAAUGAAGUUUUGCACUUUGCAGAAGAUGUCUUCAACGCCGAAAGAUAUAUUUAUCUCACCGACGAAAUUAUGUCCCGCAUUGAAGCCUCUACUGACGAAAGGCUCAAAGAUGCACAGGCGAUUUUCCUACGGAUUCGGCGUCGCGAACUUUACAGAAACGUGGAUUUCAAAGUGAUUGAGUGGCAUAUGCGCGAUGUCUUCAAGAAACAUGUCACUGCGGAAAGGAUCGUCGAAGCUGCUCGAAAGUUGGUGCUUGACCAGUCAAUCUCGGGUGCGCCUGGCUUGGAGAGAUCGGACUCUUCUUCUACGAUAUCCAGUUUGGAAGAAGCCGAGGCCCUCAGAGCCGAAGACGUUAUCGUCGACUUCUCAGCGAUGCAUUACGGGAUGAAAGAGAAGAACCCAAUGGAUUUUAUCAAAUUCUACACAAAGCGGAAGCUUAAUGAGUGUAUGAAUGCGGACAACGGCGUGUAUUCCAACCUGAUGCCACCUGUCUUCGCUGAAGUCGUCCUGCGUGUCUACACCAAGAAGCAAAAGUUCUAUGGUCUCGUCCAAGCCGGAUAUCGCGCUAUACUCGCCGAACUUCAGGCUACAAGUAGUCCUUCGGGUACCCAACUCAAUCAGUCGGCCGGUAUAUUGGCUGUCGCGGACCCAAGAGCCCUCACUCCACCUAUCACUGAAGCCCCCCUCCACACCAAAAACCCAUGUCUCGAAAUUCAAGCUUCACCUUCGGAUCUGGAACCACUCCAUUUUCAAAUAAUCACUUUACGACGUCCAACCCAGAACAGCAAGAAAAUCAAGGGACGUAAGCGAUCAAGGGAGGAUAUGAUUUUGACCAAUUCCAGCACUGCCAACAAGAAACGAAAGGCAUCAUAA